UUCAUCCAUUCGUCUUUAGAAAUCUUACCAGACUCGAAUAUUUGGAUUUAAGUUUGAAUAUAAUAUAAAGUUUACCUUAUGACAUGAUGAAAGGCCUUUCGAAUUUAAGGAUAUUUUCUAUUAAUAGAAACUCUGGAUUGUCAGGAAUUCAUACCAAAUUAUUAACGGAUCUGCACAACUUGACUGAAUUUCAUGCAAAGAAUUGCAGUCUUUCUAUACUCAAAGAGGAUUUAUUUUUUGACUUAAUUAAUUUAAUACUCAUUGAUAUAAGUUACAACCAAAUUACAUAUCUCCCGAGCAAUCUACUGAAAAAUAAUAAAAUGCUGACAAAGUUAUUUUGUUCGCAUAAUAGAAUAUCGGAACUUCCAACAGGAAUUUUUGAAGGACUUUCUACAUUGAGAGAGCUAAAUUUGGCUGGAAAUCAGUUAAAAAAUCUUUCUAAAUAUGAUUUCCAGAAUUUGUUGUCUUUGAAGACACUCAUUUUAUCACAGAAUCGCCUCACACGUUUACCGGAAGACAUUUUCUUGACGUUGAGUAAUUUGUCAUAUCUCGAUCUUUCUAACAACAGUCUUAGUAGAAUUUCUGGUAAACACCCUUUUGGCAGCAGCAAGCAUCUAAGUCAUCUCCGUUUGAUGUAUGCCAAUUUGGCAGUAUUUCCCAUGAUAAAUUGGACAGAAUACAACUUGACUGACGUAGAUUUCAGAGGUAAUCGUUUUGGAAUAGUGAAAUUGCCAAUUUACACUCCAAACCACAUGAAAAUGAAUUUGUCUAACUGCAAAAUCGAAACAAUUUACAUAGAUGACUGGAUAUAUGGAUUUCAAAUGCCUACUUAUGAUAUAAGUAGCAAUGAAAUAAUAUGCGAUUACGACCUGUACCAGUUCGUCACUGUACUUAAGUCAAAUAUAAAAAUUGCAUUAAAAAUGUUUCCAAAUAUAGAAAAAACAACGUGUUACACAGAGGCAAGAAAUUCUUGGCGAAAUGUACGGCAAAUAAGAUUGCUUGAUAAUACACCAUUCGUAGCCAUAGGAAAUUAUUGUCCAACUAAUUGUAAAUGCUUAACAGAACAUUAUUAUGUGAAAUUGAAUUGUUCCAGAAAGGGAUUAAGCAGAAUACCAGAAGUUCUGGUCCACAAUGCAAGAAUUGUCGAUUUGAGUAACAAUUAUAUAAACGAAUUUUCAAAUGUUGAUACUGUUACGUGGAAAAACGUCACUCACCUAUAUCUGAGUAAUAAUUGUUUAACUAAUAUUCCAGAUUACUUUCUUCCUUCACAAAUGACAUUUCUUUCAUUAGAUGGAAAUCGUUUAACAGAACUUCCACCGGGAUUAAUAAGUUUCAUCGACAUAUCUAAUAGAUUUAAAAUUCGUUUAUCGGGAAACGAUUGGAAUUGUGAUUGUGAUUCUCGUUUUACAAAGGAUUGGUUGCUUAGAAACAUGCAGAAGAUUGCCGAUUUCUCAAAUGUUUCUUGUCGAACGAAUUCCUCUCUAUUGUCUUUUACUGAAAUUGUGUACGGUGAUUUCUGCAUAGAAACUGCGAAUAAUUAUGUUUCUGUUGUCGAAUGGCUAAUCUCUGUUAUCGUUCUCAGUAUUGUCAUCGUAAUCGGUGUUAUUGUAUUUGUGUAUGUUUUUUACUGUAGGAAAAUCAGGAGAAAGUAUCGCAACCGUAAAGGCAAUAUACACGAAAUUCAGCCAUUUAUUUCUAUGCAUAUUAUACGUAAAUUGUGGAAUAAAAACAAUUAUUGAGUAGUCUGCUUAAGUUAAAUAAAUUAAAUUAUAUCGACUUAAAAUAUUGUAUAAAAGUUUUAGUUUUCACAAUAACAUCUUAAAUUACUGAGAAACAUUUUAUUACAUCAACGAAUCUCGAGAACGGCAAUAAAUAAAUGAAAAUGGAGAUUAUAUUUAGAGUACCUAGGGCCACAUGAUCCUGAUAAACUGUAUACUAACUUCAAGUCUAGACCGGAAGAUCAGUGACUUUAAUGAUGAAGUUUUAUACAGCGAGAAAUUACAGAGAUUAAAUCAGGUAUGGAAGUGAAUUUGAAACUUAAUUUGUUAAAGUAUUGUAAUUCUGAUAGCUUGUUUAAUUUUACGAGAAAGAUUUUAUUUUUGACAAUUUUUAAAAUUUUGUAAAUAAUAAAGUAA